UUCAACGCUGAAACAUUUAUUGAUUACAAAACAAAAAAAAGAAAAUAUUUACCAAAGAAAAAAGCAAGGAACAAUGGUCUGAGAGGUUUUCGUCUCCGCGCAGAAGAUUUUUAUUUAUUUAAAUUACGGUUUUUUUUCUGAGUAGAAUUAUACUACUAUGGAGUGUGUUGGUGCUCGCAAUCUCGCUGCAACGGCGGUCACAGAUUUUCCGUCCUGGAGUUCUUCGCGUAAAAACUAUCCCGUGGUUAAUAGAUACAGCUUUAGUAAUCUCCGGUGCGGUUUGUGUAGAGUCAAAGCUAGCGGCGGCGGAGCAGGUUCCGGUAUAGAGAGUUGCGUGGCGGUGAGAGAGGACUUCGCCGACAAGGAAGACUUCGUGAAGGCUGGUGGUUCGGAGAUUCUAUACGUUCAAAUGCAGCAGAACAAAGACAUGGAUGAACAGUCUAAGCUUGUUGAUAAGUUACCUCCUAUAUCAACUGGUGAAGGUGGUGGUGCUUUGGACCUAGUGGUUAUUGGGUGUGGUCCUGCUGGUUUAGCCUUGGCGGCUGAAUCAGCUAAGUUAGGACUUAAAGUUGGACUGAUUGGUCCUGACCUUCCUUUCACUAACAACUACGGUGUUUGGGAAGAUGAGUUCAACGAUCUUGGCUUGCAAAAAUGUAUUGAGCAUGUUUGGAGAGAUACCCUUGUGUAUCUGGACGAUGACAAUCCUAUUACCAUUGGUCGUGCUUAUGGAAGAGUUAGUCGACGUUUACUUCACGAGGAGUUCUUGAGGAGGUGUGUGGAGUCAGGUGUCUCGUAUCUUAGCUCCAAAGUUGAGAGCAUAACAGAAGCUCCUGAUGGCCUUAGGCUUGUUUCCUGUGAACAAAACACCCUUGUUCCGUGCAGGCUUGCCACUGUUGCUUCUGGAGCAGCUUCUGGGAAGCUCUUGCAAUACGAAGUUGGAGGGCCUAGAGUCUGUGUCCAAACUGCUUACGGCUUGGAGGUUGAGGUGGAAAAGAGUCCAUAUGAUCCAGAGCAGAUGGUGUUCAUGGAUUACAGAGAUUAUACAAACGAGAAAAUCCGGAGCUUAGAAGCUGAAUAUCCAACGUUUCUCUACGCCAUGCCUAUGACAAAGACCAGAGUCUUCUUUGAGGAGACAUGUCUUGCUUCAAAAGAUGUCAUGCCCUUUGAUUUGCUUAAAAAGAAGCUCUUGUUGAGAUUAGAGACACUCGGAAUCCGAAUACUAAAGACUUACGAAGAGGAAUGGUCUUAUAUCCCAGUAGGUGGUUCCUUGCCAAACACGGAACAAAAGAAUCUCGCCUUUGGUGCUGCAGCUAGCAUGGUUCAUCCUGCAACAGGCUAUUCAGUUGUGAGAUCUUUGUCUGAAGCUCCAAAAUACGCAUCAGUCAUCGCUAAUAUACUAAAACAUGAGACCACUACUUCCUUCACCAGACACAUCAACACCAAUAUUUCAAGACAAGCUUGGGAUACUUUAUGGCCACCAGAAAGGAAACGACAAAGAGCAUUCUUUCUCUUUGGCCUUGCGCUCAUAGUUCAACUCGACAUCGAAGGCAUUAGAUGCUUCUUCCACACUUUCUUCCGCCUUCCAAAAUGGAUGUGGAGAGGGUUUCUAGGAUCAACAUUAACAUCAGGAGACCUCGUUCUGUUUGCUUUCUACAUGUUCAUCAUUGCACCAAACAACUUGAGAAAAGGUCUCAUCAAUCAUCUUAUCUCUGAUCCAACCGGAGCAACCAUGAUUAAAACCUAUCUUAAAGUAUGAUUCUCUCCUCCACUCUUGGGUUUUUAUAUAUAUGAAUAAUCCAUCGACGAAUGGCAUGUGGGUUACUAGGAAAAUUUGUAACAAACGUUUAUAGAAUCUAUUAUUCACAAAGGUGCGUGCCUUAAAAGAUUGAGAGAAGGAUAGUCUUUGUGGAUUUUAGAAUUGCCAUUUUAUUUAAAUACGAUCCAUUCUCGUUGUUA